AUGCCAAGAGCGCCCAGCCCCCUCACCAGUGAACCCCUUCCUUAUGGACACCCUUCGUCCACGAAAGAUUUUCUCGACUCCAGCACAGCGGCGCAAUCCGUUUCCAUUCCGCCCGUUAAUUCCAAUGGAUAUGACAUAAGCAAGCAGAUGGGGGGGAAUGGCUGUUACCCUGGUGGAGCAAAUGGCAAUCCUUGCCGUGCAGUUCACAAUGGUGCCAGUGGUUCCCAGAACCCGCCAGGGUUCAGCGCCAGGCAAGGUGUCGCGAAACCAUUACAAAACGUUCCUAACGUGGAUAAACUGGAUACAUGCUUGGCCCGCCCGAGUGCUCCCCAUAACAACGAGGAGCAGCAGCCAAGCACACAAAUGAUAGCAUCGGUGGGCACUUGCAGUGUUCCAGUAGCUAUUGCGCGGGCACCACCACACGGAUCCACCCCUCGUGUGGCUCCACUUUUAAUUUUGCCCCCUGAGGAUAAGCUACCCAGUUCAGCAGUCGCAACUUCUCCGGAUUUCAAGAGGCGGUAUUCUGCAGUGCAUACUGAGGAAGUGCAGACGGAGAAUGCGGAAGCAUCUUCUGGAGCCUCAAAGAAACACAAACUGGAGUUGACCCACAAGCCAGCAGUUGGCUUGCAGUGUUCUUGUGAUACUGAGGAAGUGCAGACGGAGAAUGCGGAAGCAUCUUCUGGAGCCUCAAAGAAACACAAACUGGAGCUGACCCACAAGCCAUCAGUUGGCUUGCAGUGUUCUUGUCCGUCUAAGGACGAAACAAAAAAGGAGAUUUUAGCGACGGCUAAACAACCUGGGGAUCGUCUACCUGAGAGUGGAUUGCCGGUGAUGGCUGCUCUGCACACAAUUCCUGGCACAGUUGUGCUACGAGAAUCACGGAAUCGACCGGUCACACUCAGUCAGGGAGAGUACGUUGCAGCUAAGAUGUAUUUUCACCCCGGAAAGAUGGCUUGGAGGUCAGAAUUGCUGGUGAAUGGUUCCAAAAGACAACGAUCAUUUUCUUGCAAGCUGUAUGGAUUUGAGCGCGCGAAGAAGAUGUGCGAGUGGUCGCGGAACUUUGUAUUACGAACGGCGCGACUGCCGACAGGAGACGAAACAAAGGAGGCCAUCGGGAAACUGAUGGGCUACACGGUCCAGACGAACGACACUGACGAAGCCAUCCCCCAUUAUGCUGGCUGGCCCAAAAGGCAACGAUCAUUUUCUUGCAAGCUGUAUGGAUUUGAGCGCGCGAAGAAGAUGUGCGAGUGGUCGCGGAACUUUGUAUUACGCACGGCCCGACUGCCGACAGGAGACGAAACAAAGGAGGCCAUCGGGCAACUGAUGGGCUACACGGUCCAGACGAACGACACUGACGAAGCCAUCCCCCAUUAUGCUGGCUGGUUGUAUGCAUAUCCACCGCUUGUACAGGCUCGUCGAAUGGUGGGACGCAAACUGCUGGCUGCGCUGCUCCGCAUUCUCUACUGCUGGGGCGUAAGCGGCAAUCGAACGCAUCGGACACUCCGCGUGUCGCAAGUUGUAGGGGUAUCUCAUCCACUGCAGAACCCGCUGGAGGCCAAGUCUCUACAGAGCAGUUUCAGACGGACGGUGCCGACUUAUUCGAGGAGCUCGGCAGCCCACCGACACUGA